AUGGCAGGAUCUAGCGCUUCAUCUGUUUCAAAAAGGGCGAUGAAGGCGCUAGCCAAGGCCAAAACAAUCCUAACGCCGGACCAUUCGUACGGGAAAAAAAUUCAAAUGGAGAAUGUGGAAAAUUAUCAAGAGUUAUUAGGUCCCUUGAUAUUCGAUACAGAAAAGAAUUGUUGGAGCUCUGCAGCUGUUACCUUAACCAACACACUAAAUGUUCCCAUUAAAGAAGUGUUGAAUUUAAAAGUGAGGCCGGGAGAGCCAUACUUUGUCGUUUGGUUUUUGAUAUCGUCGUAUUUCCCGUUAAUCGCCGCAUGUCUCGGUCCAUUAGCAAAUAUGUUAUCUGUUAUUGCGUUGAUACAACACUGGAGGUUGGACACCAAGAACGGAGUAUUGUUGCAAGAUCCUCACAAGGUGGUUGUCAUGAACAUCUUGUCUCUUGUAUUGGGCAUUGUGGGGAACAUUUCAUUAUUGAUGAAUUUUUCUCGAUCGGUAAAGUACCUCAUUACGCAACUGAUAUCGAUUGUUGCAUGGUUUUUCGCGUCGGUCUUUCUCACUGCCGCCGUAUUGGUUACAAAGUACAAUGAUAUUGGUCCCGAUAUGAUUCUCCUGGAAGGAUUUUUCUUUGCUUGUUUCACCGCCGGGUACUAUAUAUUAUGCAUGGUUGUUUUGCUCGUUAAUUUCAUGGGUUACAAACUAGAUAAAUACCCGGCAACAUUCAACUUGGAUCAGAAACAGAGAACGUUGAUGUUAUAUACAGUGUUUUUUGCUAUUUGGUCGGUGUGCGGAGCAGUUAGCAUGGCACAUUUGAUUGAAGAUCUAACGUAUGGUCUGUCGUUGUAUUUUUGUAUUGUUUCAUUCCUUACAGUUGGUUUAGGGGAUAUAAAACCGGUGACUGCAGGAGCAAAAGUGGUGGUUUUGAUAUUUCUGUUAGGGGGUGUAUUGAUAAUAGGAUUGAUUGUUGUUACUUUCCGCUCACUUAUCCUUUCAUCGGCUUCGGCAGCGAUAUUUUGGAACGACGUUGAAAUUGCGAGAAAGAAGUAUGUCGAGAAGUUGAGAAAGGAGGACCGCCACAUAUUGAAUGAGAAGUCCUAUCGCAAGAUGAGACAAAUACGUCACCAAGUCAAACAAAGGAACCUAAAUUCUUCUUUGCUACUAACUAUACUGGUAUUCUUGGCGUUUUGGUUGAUUGGAGCAUUGGUUUUCCAUUUUGUUGAGGGUUGGUCUUACUUCAAUGGUGUUUAUUUUUGUUUCCUAUGUUUGCUAACCAUUGGCUAUGGAGACUAUGCUCCAGCAACAAAUCUCGGGAGGGUGUUUUUUGUAUCUUGGGCAACAGGGGCUGUUCCACUAAUGACUAUACUAGUGUCCAACGUGGGAGACAAAUUGCUUGAAAUCUUUAACACUUUGAGUGAAUGGUGUGGCCAGUAUCUUUUUGAGCCUGAUGAAGCUUAUCAAUUUAAAAAGAGGGUCAAAAAGCAAAUGAAAGAAAGGCAAGAUGAGGACAAGAUAAGUUUGAGUUCGACUUUUUUCUUGGAAGAUGACGUGAAAGAUGAGACUGAGGACGAGGAAGAGGAAGAGGACGAGGAAGAGGAAAAGGAAGAGGAAGAGGAAGAAAACGAUUUAAAGGAUAUCAAUGAGGAUCUUGAGGAUCUUGAAGAGUUAAGCAACAAAUCCAAGAAUGCGUCCACAUCAGGCUCAUUGCUCAACAAGAAAGUUCGUCAAAAAGCCUUCUACAGAAAAGACGCACAUGAAAAGCUUUUGAAGUACUUGAAUAGUUUAAGACUUUUAAUAUUAGAUGGAAUUACAAAUCCACAAAAGAAGUACACAUACAUUCAAUGGCGAAAAACGUUCAAAGCGUUGGGGUUGGUGGAAGCUUCCAAAGUUUUUGAUGGUAAUCAAGAUUAUGGAGGGUUCUGGCUCAGCCAGUACAGUCCGCUACGAAUGCCUUUGAAAGAGCCAAAUUACUUGAUAUUGAAAGCUUAUUACAAAAUUGAAGAUACUUUGCGAAAACUCAUUGAGGAGGAAGAAGAUGAAUACAAUAUCUGA